AUGGAUUUGACACAGGCCAUCGCAUGGGCGGUCGGAAACAAACUUCAAGCUGCCUGUAUAGUUGCAGGUGUUGCGGUCGUUGGUGCCCCCGGUCUCGCGAGUGCACCUCUUCUGGCAAUGGCUGGAGUUACACCUGCUGGUAUUCAAGCUGCUACCCGCGUGGUUGUAGUCACUACUAUAGGAGUGAUAAUCUGUGUUUCCCCCGGUCUUGUGACGGGCCCCAUUCUCGCAACUUUAGGCUUUGCACCUGGCGGGAUUAAAGCGGUUUCCACUGCCGCAUUGAUUCAUAGCGGGAUAGGAAAUAUCGCUGCUGGAAGUCUGAUGGCUAUAUCUCAAAGUGCUGGCGCUGGAGGUGCCGGUCUCGCUGUUUUAAAUACAGCUGUACAGGUAGUGGGUGGUAUGACGGCCGUGGGCGUAAUUGUUGGAGUUUGCCAUGUCUGA